AUGGCAAACGAACAAUGGAAGAACGAUAUCGCAUACGCGAUGACCCCUUUCAAAUUAUUAACGUGGCCCAUCGGCGUCUGGCCACUUCAAGUUUAUAACAUCUAUUCACUAAUACGAUGUAUUUUAGCCACUUGUUGCAUGAGCAUAAUAGUAAUCUUACCUACAAUGGAAAUUCACAUGGGCUGCACUGAUGCGGAGCAGAAUAUUGACAGCAUUAUGUUGAUCUUCUGUGGUGUACUAGGUGUACUGAAGACAAUAUGUUUUCGCAUUUAUGCAAAAAAUUUAACUAGUAAUUACGGCUCAGCUCGGAAUGAUUACUUGACAAUUGAAAAUGCAGACUAUCGUGCCAUCAUGCGAAGAUAUGCUUUUGUCGGAAGGAUACUCUCCUGUUUUAUGGUCUGCUUCUCUUACUUUAGCGUAAUGAUAUAUUCGCUAAUUCCUCUGCUGGGUGAUGACAAAGAUAACCAAAUGAAUAUAACGGAUGAGGAUGUUGUGCUGGAAUAUCCGAUGCCAUCAAGAUGCGCGUUAGAGUAUUUUGGCAUCCCGGAGAGCAUGUAUCAAAUUAUUUGUCUCUUCGAAUUUAUCGUGCUAAUACUUACGUGUACUUGUAAUCAUGGUAACGACUCUCUAUUUCUCAACAUUACAUUACACGUGUGUGGACAAGUGAAAAUUUUGAAAGCCAGUUUUAUCGAUUUUGAUGUUUCAAGUUCGCAAGUUAACGACCGUUUUAAUGCUUUAAUUCAAAGGAAUAGCUAUCUGAUAAAAAUGGCUAAAGAGUUGGCCAAUGCAAUCAGUUUCGUUUUGUUGAUGCAGUUAUUUCUUAGCAGCAUUCUGUUAUGUAUAAUGGGAUUUCAAUUUAUCUUAGCGUUAAAAAUGAACGAUGCUGUUAUGAUGGGGAAAAGCUUCAUGGUAUUAUGUACUUUUUUGACGCAACUGUCAGUGUAUAGUUUCGUCGGAGAUUACUUGAAAUCUCAAAUGGAAGAAAUUGGACUUUUCAUUUAUCAGAGCAUUUGGUACGAUCUUCCUGUCAACUUGACUAAAAAUAUAAUCUUCAUCAUUAUGCGGUCACAAUCUCCCGUCAAGCUGCAAGCUGGAAAUUUUAUUGUGGUAAACCUAGCAACUUAUAUGAGUAUCUUGAAAACCUCCAUUUCGUAUUUAUCCGUACUUCGCGUAAUGGUAGAAACGUGA